AUGUUGACUAAGAAGGAUACUCAAAGUGCCAAGGAGCAGGAAAAGUUGAAGGCCAUUCCAUUGCACAGCUUUCUGAAAUAUGCCAACGUGUUCUAUUUAUCGAUUGGAAUGAUGGCCUACGAUCACAAGUACAGUCAAAAGUGGAAGGAGGUCCUGCUGCACUGGACAUUCAUUGCCCAGAUGGUCAAUCUGAAUACAGUGCUCAUCUCGGAACUGAUUUACGUAUUCCUGGCGAUCGGCAAAGGUAGCAAUUUUCUGGAGGCCACCAUGAAUCUGUCUUUCAUUGGAUUUGUCAUCGUUGGUGACUUCAAAAUCUGGAACAUUUCGCGGCAGAGAAAGAGACUCACCCAAGUGGUCAGCCGAUUGGAAGAACUGCAUCCGCAAGGCUUGGCUCAACAAGAACCCUAUAAUAUAGGGCAUCAUCUGAGCGGCUAUAGCCGAUAUAGCAAAUUUUACUUCGGCAUGCACAUGGUGCUGAUAUGGACGUACAACCUGUAUUGGGCCGUUUACUAUCUGGUCUGUGAUUUCUGGCUGGGAAUGCGUCAAUUUGAGAGGAUGCUGCCCUACUACUGCUGGGUUCCCUGGGAUUGGAGUACCGGAUAUAGCUACUAUUUCAUGUAUAUCUCACAGAAUAUCGGCGGUCAGGCUUGUCUGUCCGGUCAGCUAGCAGCUGACAUGUUAAUGUGCGCCCUGGUCACUUUGGUGGUGAUGCACUUCAUCCGGCUUUCCGCUCACAUCGAGAGUCAUGUUGCGGGCAUUGGCUCAUUCCAGCACGAUUUGGAGUUCCUCCAAGCGACGGUGGCGUAUCACCAGAGCUUGAUCCACCUCUGCCAGGAUAUCAAUGAGAUAUUCGGUGUUUCACUGUUGUCCAACUUUGUAUCCUCGUCGUUUAUCAUCUGCUUCGUGGGUUUCCAGAUGACCAUCGGCAGCAAGAUCGACAACCUGGUAAUGCUUGUGCUUUUCCUGUUUUGUGCCAUGGUUCAGGUCUUCAUGAUUGCCACCCAUGCUCAGAGGCUCGUUGAUGCGAGUGAACAGAUUGGUCAAGCGGUCUAUAAUCACGACUGGUUCCGUGCUGAUCUGCGGUAUCGUAAAAUGCUGAUCCUGAUUAUUAAGAGGGCCCAACAGCCGAGUCGACUCAAGGCCACAAUGUUCCUGAACAUCUCACUGGUCACCGUGUCGGAUCUCUUGCAACUCUCGUACAAAUUCUUUGCCCUUCUGCGCACAAUGUACGUGAAUUAG